GACAUAAAUCAGAUAACCGCAACCUCAUCUACGAUUCGACGCACAACUAGUAUGCAUCAGGCUCUACUUGUCCCCGAAGUUGUCUUACAUAUCUUCGCGCAUGUGAAUGAAAUCGGGGAACCAUCAUAUGCCGAGAGACCAUUGUCUCGACAAACUCUUGCAGCGCUUGCAACUACAUGCAAAACCUUCUACGAGCCUGCAAUGGAUUUUCUUUGGUCUGACAUGAAUAGGUUACUACCACUGCUGGGCUGUGUAACAAGGUUGCAUCCAAUGAUAUACCCUACAACACAGGUUAGUGCGGACGAGUCCACGCGAGAUCAAUGUCCUUUUUCGUCCAUUCGCUCACUGAACAUCUCAACACAGCAAUCCUGGUCUCGGGGCAUCGAGCCACUAUCUGAGCUCGAGCGCAGUCAAUUUCUCCGUCAUUCCUGCCGUGUGCGCACCAUGAGCGUGUCAUCCGAUGAUGAAUUUCACCUCCUUCGUUCGUUCCCCUACGACACAUGCGUGUUUCCAAACCUGCUUUCAUUGUCCUGGGUGAUUAUAUUCACAAGAUACUUGCGCUUCUUCCUGUCUCCUACGCUGCGUAGUUGUUAUAUCGCAUUAGUUCAACCAGAUUUAGCUCGGCAUUCUAUCGGGACCCGCUGCCCUGCUCUGGAGGGCUUGGAUAUCGUGACAAUGGGGAUCGUGGCACAGGCUCCACAUCUGUGUGAAACCAUCCGCUCAUGCAAGGCGCUAGUACGUCUGCAAUGUCCCCCGCUGAACUCGGUAGCAUGGAAGCACCUCUCCACUAUCCCUACCCUUCUUAAUGUGUCGAUAUAUCAAGAAAGCUUUUCGGGUUCCCUGUCCAGAUUGGACACGCACAAUCUCAGUUUUUCAACUUUCCUCAACGUUACAACUCUUCGGUUCUAUUUUUCACCAAUCACAGACGUCAUCGCAGUCAUACAACAUUCAGAAUUCCCCUCGCUAAAAGAAUUUGAGUUGGUCGACCACAUUUUACCUGGGGCAGAACUUCUACCGCUUUUACGAGCGCUGUCACAGUGCAAAGCAUGCAAUACCCUUGAAAACAUUGCCAUUUCCGACGAUGAUCCAGAAGUUGAUGAGCCCUCGGCCGACUCUUUUGCAGUGACUAGGGAGCUUCUUUGUUUCACGCAGUUGCGAUCCCUUCGGCUUUAUGUUUGUUGCUCCAUCAACCCUGAUAACGUCUCUCUUUUCGAAGCCAUGUCAAGUUGGCCUCAGAUCUGCAGUUUGUCGUUGUCCGACCCGCAUCGUCGACCACCUCAAGUUACCUUCCGCGGAUUUUUCGCAGCGCUCAGUCAAUGUCCCCACUUGCAUGCCUUGCAUGUAGAAAUAGAUGUCGCGAACAUUGAUAUCAAUCCUAAAACCGAGUCAUUUCAACACACCUCUUUAGAAAGUAUUGGCUAUUACUCCUCUCCGGCAGUAAAUGCUGAAGCUGUCGCUCGCAUCAUUUUCACCAUGCUCCCUAACGUUCAGCUUGCGGACACUUGGGGCGACGUUAAUACGCAUCUCAAAUCCCUCAGAGCUUCUUCCAGUUUGCAAGGUGCAGACGGUGGCUAACACGAGUGAAGAGGCAUAAGAGUGGCAAAUAAAGGCGAUGGUAUCGUUGAUUCGGUUGACCGUGGUGAGGACUGUUCAUGUAGUUCCGAUGAUGACCACAGCUUCAGUAAAUAGGUUCGUUUCAGUUUGUUCUUGAUGCAACUAAUUUAGAAUCAUGUCUCAGAUCUCGUUCCCAUCGACAAUCGAUUUUCAUCGUACGUAUCACAACCUGUAGUCUCAAACACUCCCUUCAUGAAUCCCGACUUCAAAUAUCCACUGGCCCUUUGCGGUGCUCGAUCAUACGACGCAGAUCGUCAGAAAAGCCCUGCAUAGAGGAUAACGUCGUGUCAAC